AUGAAGUCAAUUCUGUUUCUUGUUACAAUUCUCGUGUUCGGGUUUGUCUACUCUUCUGAUCGAGAAGAAUGUCGGAGGAUAUUUGGGGUUGUUCGAAAUCAUUCGUGGUUUUUUGACAACGAAGAAUUGAGACAUGAAUUCAUUGACCACUUACUCGAAGAUGAGAAAGAAGAUGUAAGUUGAAGUUUAAGAAUAAAAAAUUAUUCUCCUCGUCAGCCAGUUGGGAAAAUACAGGGUCUUGCAAAAAAAGUGAAGGAAAGUGGAAGGCUAUAACUCCCGGCGGAGGCGGCGCAGAGAGUUCGUGAAAUAUGUAUUUUUAAAAGACAUUAGUUUUUGUCUACGAAAUAACAAGCUUUUAAAGUGUAAACUGAGGUCGCCACCACCUUCCGAAGUAGAGACAUCUCUACCCCGAAAACCAGGGUUUUUCGGUUGAAAAUGAUCGAGAAAUUUCGGACUUUUUCGGUUGAAAAUCAUAAGGAAAUGUCGGAUUUUUUGGGGUUUCUCGAUAUAGCCUUUAAGAAAACGUUGAAAAAAUUGCAAGUGUUGGCACUUUCCUCCUCUUUUCCAACAUCACCCAUAUCGAAGGUCGUAGCGACCUCAGUUUGCACUUUAAAAGCUUGUUAUUUCGUAGAUGAAAACUUAUGUCUUUUAAAAAUACAUAUUUCAAAUACGAAGUCUCUGCGCCGCCUUCGCCGGAAGUUAUCGCCUUCCACUUUCCUUCACGUUUUUUGUAAGACCCUGUAGUUCUAUGUCGUUGCGCCGAUCGCUUCGUUGAAGUGAAAAACAAUACGCACUCAAGACCUAAAAUUUUCUAUUGCAGAUCGACGCUAUGCCACCAAAUUGCUCUGUUCCUGUUCGUGAGACGCUUGCCAGGCAAAGGAAUCAGUCGAAGUUGAUAGAGUUCAUCUACUUUUAUUGUUUGAAUUGCACAAGUUGAAAAAAGCAGCCCGGGUUUUGGCUGUUUUUUAUUUAUUUCCUGGCCACACAUGCAUCCAAUGACGACUAUUUCUUUUUUUGUUUGAUAUCAAAGAACAGACUUUUUUCCCAAAUUCAUUUGUGUUCACAAAAAAUAUUUUAUUUUUUAUAAAAGCGAGGAUAAACGUUCUGUGCAGAAACUACCCAAAUUCCUUGUUUAUCUUUGGGAUAUCAGCCUGUCGGGAAAAUAAUGAGCGCCCUGUCGCAUCGAAAAUCGCAUCGCCAACGAGAAAAUGAAAAAAAAGAAAGGCAAAAUCACUUUUUUUUUACCUCAGCGACACGAUCAACGCAGCGACAAUGUGCUCAUUAUUUUCCCGACAGACUGCUAUCUGGCUCUUCCAUCUCUGUUUUUCAGAUCAAUUUUUUGACAGAUUCUUAUAGCCGGGAAACAAAGAUCGUUUGCACUUUUUUUUGGGCGGCCGAAAAAUCUUUUUUAAUGGUAUUACACAAGUAAUGAAACAAACAAGUGGAGUUCGCGUGGAUUUAUUUGAAAAAAAUAGCCUUGGUUUUUGUCGGCUGAGUUGAUGGGGGUCGUUGUAAAGGGUCUAAUAAGCAAAAAAAUAUUGGAUAUUUUUUCGAGGUGAUUUCAAAAACAAAAAAAUCAAAGAGGAGUGUAAAAGGUUGGGUUUUAGCUAGUAAAAAAGCAAAAAAUUUCUUUAUUUCCCCAAAUAAGAGGGGUCCGAGAAAAUUGAAAAUUUUUCGCCCAUGAUGCUCGAGCACUAGUUUUGCCCAUUUGCCCACGAAUUUUUUGUCUUGCAACGUGCUGAGUCCAGAAUAGAACUUCUUCUGAACAGUACAGUGAAAAGCAUUAUUCACGCCUCGCAAAGUUUUUGCCUAUUGUCAGGCCUUGUACAGUCCAGAAAAAAAAAAUUCUAUGGGUUGUUGAGAUUCGGGGACGAGAAGAAGAGCCUUUGUUUAUAGAUUAAUUUAUGGAUUUAUGGUAAAAUACCGGGUCAGCCCGUUGUAUUUUUAUAAAGUUUCUUAUUCGAGCAUUCUACAGCCAGCUUGGCAUCUCAACAUCCCCGAUGACUCUGAUCAGAGAUUGCCACGGCUCCGGCUCCGAGCCGGGAGCCAGAGCCGGGCCUUUAAUUUUGGGGUCGGCUCCGGCUCCCGAGCCCAAAGUAGAGCCAGGCAUCUCAGUGUUCAUAAAACUAAAAAUUUUAUGAUCUUGUUAAAUCAAGUUGCUUGAAAAAUGCUGAGAAGGAUGUGUUGCAUAGGGCUUGGCUGCAAAACCGUUGGGCGUAUGAUCUCUGGCACUAAUAACUUUUAUUUUUAGAAAGAUAUUUUUAAAUUUUUUUUACGGAAGCCGGUAUUCGGAGCCGGAGACCUUUUUAAAUUUUUCAUGGGAGCCAGGAGCCGGAGCUGCAAAUUUGGCCUCGGCUCCGGCUCUGGGAGCUAAGAGCCGGAGCCGAAGUUUUGACCGUGGCAAUCCCUGACUCCGAUCUAUAUGAGUAAAAGGUCAAUCUUCAUAUUUGACAACACUACUGACAAUUGCAUGGCUCACAUUUCAUAUUGCUAAAGUAAUUUUUCUCACAAUCAGUAAAAGAAACAACUUGAGUAACAUUGUAAAUUGCACCGCGACGUGGAACAUCGCUAUUUUAAAAAGGUUUUUUAUGUAACCUUCAAGCCGAACACGCAUUUGGAAGAGCAGAAAAAAGGAAGAUAAUUGCGAGGGUAAGCUAUUUCCACUGUUUUUUGUGCCUUUUACCUCAUGUUCUGCUAGCCAUUGUAUACCUUUUUUGAAGUUUCUCUCCAAGUGAGAAAACUCCGAUUUUUGUGGGGGAAAGGGCGUUCUUCAAGACGGACUUUUUUAGUUGGAGAGGGAGGCAUUUUGCCACGUUUUUUUAUACUCCCCUAAUGCAAAAUGACACAUUUUUUGUCACUGGAUCAAGUCCGUCAUUUUGUUUUUUCCAUGACAAAUUCAAGGUUAUAGACAAAGACGAUUUUUAGCCGUUUUGCAGUAUGUAAAUUCGCAGCAUCUUACUGUCAAACCACAAACGAAACAACCGAAUUUGGUCCGUAUUUUACAAAAACUAAUGUUUCAAGUAACUGUUUUUUCAGCCCUUCAUCCUUUUCGAUGGAAGAAAUGGUCGACUCGAACGCGCCAAUUUUGUCUGCGGACUCUUCACGAUCUACAGUGUCAGCGUCAAGGAGAAUGUCUCCGGAUCAAAUCUUGAGCUUUUUCGGCCAUAG